AUGCCUAAGUAUAAUAUUUUUCCAAAGUUACCAUUUCUAUCGUAUAUUGAUAAGAUUCAUAUUCGGUACAUGCCUGGCUCUCCUCAUGAUGACACAUGUCGGAAACUCAUGCUAAACUUGCUGAAUCCUUCAACUUCUAAACGUUUUCCUAAUCUCCAAUAUACAUAUGAAUUAUUAAACUAUAAUGAGAGGCCUGAGAUUUUCAUUACCAUAAGACCUAACACAUCUUUGAGGUUUUAUGCUGACUCAUAUAACUUAGAAGAUAUUCAUAAAGAAAUUGAUGUAUAUCAAUAUGAUGCACAUAUAAAAUAUACUAAGCACAGAUCACUCGAAACAAAUUAUGAAGAUGAAGAUUAAUUUUAUUACUUUUGAAAACGGAAUUUUAAAUUUUAAUGUGUAGCUAUUUCUUCAACAAUUGUUCCGAUUAUUACUAGGACAGGCAAAUUUGUAUUAUUAGAGUCUAACUUUGGGUCUUCCACUGUAAUAAUAUUAUGUUUGAAUAUUCCAACCUUUA